CAUCCUCCGGUCCUCUUCCUCCUCCCCGGAACCCUAGCUAGCCUCUCCGGCGGCAGCUCCGCAAGUUCGCUGUGUGGUGCCGGCGAAGAAGCGGCGCGCUAGCCAACCGGAGACGACGGCACGCUCCUCUCCUCGACCGAUUCCCCCCUUCUCCUCCUCCGUCGAGUGGACCCAAUUUUACGGUUCUUCUGUGUACAGGAAGUUGGAGCGGAAGGGAGAGGCCGAAGGUUUGGCGCCGGCGGGAGUCGGAGCCGGGGUCGGAGAGGCUUGUGGGCUUGGAUUCAAGGUCGGAGCUGAAGGAACACCUGCGGAAUGUCGGAAGAGAGCUGCCGCCAACCUGAGACCAGUCCGGAUGCCGCACAAUCCAACACCACGAUCUUGUCUGGGGACCGUAAUGAGCAGUUGAAGCAGUUGUUGGAGCUCAAGUGGAAGCAUGCUCAUCCUCGCGCCUGCAGCAGCGUUCUUUUGGACUACAGAAGCCAAGAUUCCCUCGACUUGCUGCCGCAGCGGGGGUUUGAGUGUGAGUUGGGGCCUGAGUCUGAGUCAGAGCCAGAGCAAGACCUUGAGUCUGAGUCAGAGCCAGAACAAGACCUUGAGUCCGAGCCAGAACUCGAGCCGGAGCUAACAUUCUUGGAGAAGACGUGGCAGGUUCUUCACAUACUUCUCUGCAAACAGUUAGCUGACCUUGACCCAAAGAGGAAUGCUCUUGUCCCUACCCGCGUGUGCAAGUUCAACAUAGCCUUCUUUAACCUUGACAUAGAGUCUGCGGCUAUCCAUGGACCGCCACUUAAAGAGCUACCUUCUUGUGACUGGAGCAAGACUGUGGCAUCAUCUGUCAACGUUGUGUCCUUGAAGGUUAUCAAAUCCGAUGUGGGCUACCCUAUCAGUGUAUUUGGUAUUGUUCUCGCAAGGGAUGCGGUCGACUACAAAUGUGUGUAUCUCUUCAAGCGUGGAAGGGAUGAUCCCCAGCUCAUCAACUCUUCGGAGGAUGAAUUAACUUUAACAGGACCGCGUCGAGCAUUUAUUGCACGAGAUAGCAUGUUUUUUGAGAUUAACUUAAAGAUCAAGGGUGCUUCUGGGAUUGCAGAAGGAGAUUUUAGCAAAGGUGUAGUGGAGCACAAUCUCAACUGCUAUGGUGGUCGAGCUAUGGCUCGGUGUCUGACUAGUUGGCGUAGCACAGUUGAAUUGGUAUGCAUCCCUGUUCGGCAUCCUGUGGAAGCCACCCUUGAAGUCAAAAUUCUGGAGGGACCUCAUGGUGUGCCUUUCCGUGGCAAAGUGAUUGCUUGGACCGAUGACUUCGAAGAGAAUCCUAUGACCCUAUUCGAAUACGAUGAUGACAGCAGCGAAGAGGUUGCAGGUGGUCAGGGAUUAGUCAGAGACGAUGGCUCUCUUGCGCUAGCUCGUAAUUUGAUAGCUGUCCCUAUCAACAAGGAUGACGGAGAAAUGGUGCUCAAUGUCUGCUUUGUUGAUAACCAUUAUGAAAACGAAGGCACUGUGGUCACUCUGCAAUACCCUUGUGAAGAGGAGUUUUGCACAUAUGGUUCCUACGUACUUCAGUUGAAGGUUGCGUGGAAAGCUAUUCUAACCAGGCCAAUAUCGAGAGAAGUCCAUAACAGAUUGUUUUCUCUGCCACAGCCCCAACUAACUGUCAACUCGUGGAUGUGGGAGUUGGUAUUCCAAGGUAGUCGCGGAUCCUUUGGUGAAAAUCUAAACUCGUAAUGUCUCAGUUGGUAGGUCGCGUUCCGGGUUUUAUUUUAGUCCCACCAUUUUUGUC